AUGAUGAGGUUGCAGAUAUUGUUGUAGAUUUGUCAUCACAUAAUAAUCUUGAAGCUUCUAAAGUUGCUCAAGCUAUGGAAAAAUAUGUUCAAAUAGUUGAUAAAUCUGUUGCAACAGAAGGAAUGCUUAAUAAACAAGAAAUAAUUUGCAUAGUUCAAGCUAAAAAAAUGAACAAGAACAAGAAAGUG